AUGGCCACCACCACCACAGAGAGGGAUGUGGAGAACAAGAGUCAUGAAGAACUGAAACAUCUUGGUUUUGUUAAGAUUGCGGCAAUUAAAGCCUUUGUGUGUGUUUCGAAUCUCUACUACUUCGCAAAGCAAAACUCAGGACCCUUGAGAUCUGCUGUUGGAACCGUGGAAGAUACUGUAACUACCGUUCUGGGUCCUGUCUACCACAAAUUCAAGGGUGUCCCAAACCAUCUUCUCCUUUUUGUGGACAAUAAGGUGGAUGAAGCAACCCGCAAAUUCGAUGAGCAUGCACCUUCUUUUGUUAAGCAAGUUGCAAGCCAAGUGAAUUGUUUGGUUCAGGAAGUGACGAACAAGGCUGAAAAUGUAGUGAGUGAGGCUCAAUCUGGUGGGGCUCGAGCAGUAGCACAAUAUGUUGCAACAGAGUCAAAGAAAAUUGUGGUGUUUGGUUCAGUGAAAGUGUGGUUUGGCCUCAACCACUAUCCACCAUUCCAUGCAGUGGCAGAGAUGGCAGUUCCCACUGCUGCAUACUGGUCAGAAAAGUACAACAAUGUGGUGAAGGGAAUGACUGUAAAGGGUGGUGGUGUGUUUGGGUAUUUGCCUCUGAUUCCAAUUGAUGACAUAGCCAAGGCGUUUAAGCAGGGAGAAGGCAAUGUGAAUGAAGAUCUUCGUGAAUCAGGUUCAAGUUCUGAGGGAGAGUGUUUUUAUGAGUAA